AUGGACUCCAGUACGAUCAAGGAGACAGUCAUGCGCCAGGUCCAGCUCGAGUCCAACACCUCGAACGCCAGAAUGCUCAUCGAGAAAAUGAACGAGACCUGCUUCGAGAAGUGCCUCCCAAAGCCUGGAUCAUCUGUUUCGAGCGGCGAGCAAACAUGCUUCACGUCAUGCAUGGAGGUGAGAAGCGAACUCCCGGGCACCGACCUGAUGCUCCCACCAAGGGGCUGGCAGGUUGGAUCACACAAUUCCACGCACACUUAUUGA